AUGAAUGACGAUACUUUUGCUAAGAAUAUCAGACGGUAUAUUUUAAGAGGUGGUGANGAUGCUGAUAUCGAUGUUGAUGUUGAUACUGAUAUGGAUAAGGAUGCUGAUAUUGAUACAAUUGAGAUUACCAAAUUAGACUAUAGAACCAUUUUUGACAGGAGCACAGUUGCAAAUCUGAACCAUGUAAGCUUGAUGCGCAAGUUUUUUGAGGUUAAGAAGCAUUUAAAAAUUAGCCAGCAAAUAACUCAAAUAUUAUACAAUAUGAAGAUAAAUGGAAAGAACUAUCCAUCUUCUUCUGUGUAA